GCCGAGGGAGGUAGCGUCAUAAGCGGGUGGGCCAAUGGGAGGAAAGGCAGCGUCUGCUUCCAGAUAGCCAUGGCCGAUCUCUCCAGCCGUCCCCUGGCCGAAGUGCAGCGCCGCGUGGCCGAAGUGCAUCACCAAAGAGAUCUGCAGCAGCAGCUGCGCUUCUAUAACGGCUGGGCCAAAGACUAUGACCAGGUAACAUCAUCAGUGGUACUGCUUAAAGCGUUUAUCCUCCUGAGCAUGUGCAGACCGCGUUUACCCUGGUAUCAACUGUUGACGGGAUUCCACUGUUGUCUUCCGCGCCAGUGGCUUGGCUGGGGACUGGAUGUGGCAGUGUUGCAAUACCAAGCCCCCAGUCUGGCCGCUGCUUUCUUGGCCUCCGUUUUCCAGGGUUCACCAGAGAAUGCAUUAGUGCUGGAUGUGGCCUGUGGCACAGGACUUGUGGCCCAGGAGCUUCAGGCAAAAGGUUUUCGCCAUUUCCAUGGCCUGGAUGGCAGCCAGGAGAUGUUGGAACAUGCACGGCACAAAGGACUGUACGAGGAUUUGAAGUUGUGCUUGCUAGGCCAGGAAACCUUACCAGCUCCUGAAGACUCCUACGAUACUACUGUGAUUGUGGGUGCACUCAGUGAGGGACAAGUACCCUCUUGUGUCAUUCCUCAGCUCCUUCUGGUCACCAAACCAGGUGGCUAUGUGUGCCUGACCACACGAAGCAACUCAAGCAACUUACAAUACAACAUGGAAUUGCAGCAGUUGCUGAAUGACCUGGAGCAGCAAGGAUUGUGGGAAAAGGUUGGGAUGCAGGAAGUUGAAAAAUGGGAGAGAGCAACAUCACAUCAGGAAUCCGAUCAGGGGUCGGGCUAUAUCUCUGGCGUGGUCUACAUAUAUCAAAAAAAAAUAAAAAGUCUGGUUUAAACUCUU